GGCAGAAAUUAAUCCUCCUUACAGAGAUUUCUGAUGGCACAGCAUGAGGCUGCAGAGCUAUUCCCUAGAAAUGGAAGGGAGGAGAAGCUCCGAAAAGGCGGUGGUGGGACGAGGGAAGAUGAUGUGAUUGGAAGAGCUGGGUUAGAAGGGUUUGCUGAUAUAGACAAGUACUUCCCUUCCAGGAAGAGAAACCAAGUUCCUGCUUUGGUAAUUGACAGCAAUUUUGCAGCACAGAUCUAUGGUGGCAAGGCUAUUGUGAGCUAUCCCAAGGGGAGGAAACCAAGUGGCCAGUAAUGGGUUUUAAAUGGUCAUUAAGUUAUUCAUAUGCUAUGUGAAAUCUGUGUAAUUUUCUGCUGCAAUCCAUGGUCCUGUUGGUAAUUCAUCAGGUCUCAUUGUAGCAGCUUUUUGUUUCUGUAGUUUUUGUGUAAUGUUCAUGGGGGCAAAUAAUGUAGAAGCUGAUGUGGUGGGUUUUCUACUUUUCCAAGACCAUGAAUGUCCUCCUUCCAUAUUACUACUGGG